UUUUGUUGUUGUGUGUGGUGUUCCCGUUAAAACGUGAGAAAGUUACAUCAGUAUUUCGGCGUUGUUGAUUUUUCUGCCCUUCCUUGUAAAAGCUUGUGUCUAGGAACACGUUUUGGAAGAGCCAGUGCAGCUUACGGACACACACACAGGCCUGUAAUAUUCCCCGUUUUUAAGAUUUAAUAGGGACUUAGUUUUGUCCGGGCCAAGGAAUUCCGCGGUGACUUGACUUGGUACACUGCACCGUGCAUAGGGCGUUGUUUACACUGAACAAGGAUAGUGAGUCGUCAGUCGAAGCCUUUGGUGUGAACUGAUGUUGUUAAUGGCUGACAGAGGGUUACUUUACUGAAGAAGAAACGUUCCAUCACCAACAAGCUUUCCAUUAAGAGAAUCAUUGAAAUUCAGACCACAAUGGACGAACUAUCAGGGACACCUGUCACGAUAUCCAUCAAGGCCCCUAACCAAAGGCUUGGAGACCAGACUGUGGAGUGCUUCCUAGAUUGGAGUGUAUUGAAACUUAAGAAUCACCUUGCCAAUGUAUACCCUAGUAAACCAAAUGCAAAGACUCAGAGAAUAAUUUACUCCGGGAAACUUUUAAAGGACAACCUACUGCUUAAAGACGUACUACGCCUGACUGAUACGACUCUUCAGCAGCACACUAUCCAUCUUGUUUGUUCCCCAACUCCCGAGGAACUCCUCCAAUCUAAACUCCCAUCUUCCGAGAUGAAAAGAGAAACCUCAUCACCAAUACCUACACCAGCCGCAGCGAGUCCAACCAGCCAGGAUGGAGCGUCCUCAAGGAGGCAGAGCACGCCAGUGGAGCCGACGUUACCUUCAACGAGUGGGCUCAGACACAGAACUGUCAGUACACCAUCGUUCUCAAACUACUAUCCUUAUAAUUAUGGGAACUAUCAGUAUGGUCAGAGAGCCAAUCAGCAGGGCUUUGUCAUGGCUAAUCAGCAACAGCAAGCAUACUGGAUGCAACACAUGUACGCACAGCAAAUGGCACAGUACAUGCAGUACUCUAAUCAAUUUGCAGCAGGCGGAGCUGGCCUUCCAGCAAAUCUACCACCAGUCCAUGCUCCCGUUGGUGUACCCCAGCCACAAGUCCCUGACCAACCUGUGGUUUUGAAUGCUCCCGUUGCCCCCAACGUGGCUGGCCCGGACCAGAACGUCCGGAUGAACGCUGGUCUUGGUCCUGCUGUAGAUGACGACGACGAUGAAAACGUCCACCGUGAUUGGCUGGAUUAUAUUUAUACCUUUUGCCGAUUUGUUGUUCUCCUCAGCUUGGUGUAUUUCUACUCGUCACUAAGUAGAUUCUUGAUGGUUACUAGCUUCAUGAUCUUCAUGUUUAUGUACCAAAAGCGUUGGUUUCGGUUAAGACGAACUCCCAUUGCCAGAGAAAGACUUGAAGAGCAUAGGAAUCCUGAGCAAGGAGAUGGGGUCCCAAAUAAUAACAAUGAAAGCAAUCAAGAACAGCAGCCGGAACAGCAGCUAGCAGGUGAUAACGCAGAGAGAGACAGCACUUCAGAGUCCCAGGAAGAAGGGGAGACGGACUCUGACUCGACGGAAACAGCGCCCCCUGAGCCACCCAAGCCAGGGGUAUUAGCCAUCAUGUGGAUUUUUGUCUCUACAUUCUUCACGUCGUUGUUCCCGCAGGAUCCAAAUGCCAUUGCUGGAAAUUAAACAAACUGGACUGACCGAGGCCACAAGUAAGGCUUCCAUAACGUUUGUAAAAAUAAAUUCAUGGAGUACCUUUGUCUUGGUACUUUGCAGUCAAACCUUCAAAUUGAGGCUAUGUGGUAAGUUGAAGCCUGCCAAAUAUUGCAGAAUUUAGAUCCGGCCUCCCAUGGGUGGUUAAUUCCAUCCCACUUCCCCAUGAUGAUCAAUUGAUGGACUUAGCAAAGUUCCAACUUCCACACAAAAAAAGGAAAAUUCUACAUAAGUGACAGCUUUGCAUUAUGGCAACUCACUGCUACUUCAAGAGAAUGCAAAGUGACGAAUGAUAUCUGCACAAGUUAAAACAAGUUCAAUUUUCCCGAAUCAUUCACCUAUCAUUUGAUCAAAUAUGAGUUAACCUAUAAAUUAUCCCAUUAUUUGUCAAUUUAUUAGUCUAUAGGCUGAGAUUUAGCUUCCAAAAUCCUUUAAAAGUUUGGUAUUGGUUAUUUGAUUAGAAGGUAAUUUAUUAUUUAAGCAAAAAAUUUUAACCAAAGUUAUGACUUGCUUUGACAUUGGGUAAAGCUGUUAAACUUUUACAACAUGGGCAAAAUGAUCAAUAAGUUCUCUGAUGUUUACUGAAAGAUUUUUGUAAUGGUCUUCAAAAUAAUGAAACCCAGAGUCCUGCACUUUCUCCCUAUCAUCUAGAUUUUCUGCAGUACGUACUUUUACAUAUUUAUAAGAGAAAUCACUGGUUAUUAAUUACAAAUUGUUGGUUUUUAAAGAGGUUCAAAUGAAUAAUGGUUUAUUAAAGGUGAUGGAUAAAAUUAAUGAAGUGAAAUAGUAAAUUUUCUUGUAAAUGUUUUCCAUGUAACCUUUUCGACUAUUCCAUUGUAAAAAUGUUCCAAAUGGCAAAAUGCUUUUAAAGGCAGUGGACACUAUUGGUAGUUACUCAAAAUAAUUAUUAGCUUAAAACCUUUCUUGGUGAC